AUGGAAAAGGACAACGGAAAAGCAAAGGCUCAAGACAGUAAGGGCAAAAGUGUAGCAACCAAACAAGAUGACUACACUAAUUCUGUUGGGUCUCGCUCGAACACAUCCUCAAUCAUAUCAAGAAUAGGCGCAUCUACAAGCAAGUUAGCCAACGAUAUGAUCCUACGACAUCCCAGCAAUGCCUCUGCAGCUGAUGUCCUACCGUCAAGCAAAGCUGAAUCAUCCAGGGCGUCUCCAGGGAUAAGCGCCAAUGAGACAUCGAAAUAUAGGAGCGGCCCUUCUCAGGCGUCCUCUAGUGGCACAUUCAAAUCAACAGCAAUUUCUAGCCAACACAACCCAAAUGAUCUCGACUUCUCUGCGUUUCUAGAUGACACGGGUGUUUUGGAAGAGGCAGAACAUGGCAAUAUCAAUGGAAAUGGUCAUGAAGAAAUUCAUAGCCUCAAGUUCGGGCCUACAGCACGGUCCAUGACUAUUAUGGCAACUGAUGGUAUGGCCGUGGUUGACCUCCUUGAUUCGAGGUAUGACGAAGUGGAGCAUAGCGUCAUGUCCCUAACGGAUAUCGAACAAGACACAUUGCGAUACCGCCUCUUUAGUGAUAUUGAGACCCGAGAGUAUCCUUCACGGAGGGGAGAAUGGGAAGAUGUCCUUAAUUUCUUUCCUGAUUCAGGUUUGAAUGGUAGUGAUGUACGGGAAUAUGUCAGUUUGCUCGGUGUAUCUGAUGUAGAAGAAGCUAAGAGAAUUUGGAUCGGCCAAUGGCAACGGGUUCUCUCGAGUUACACUGACGACGUUUGGGGGGAGCUCGGUUCAUUGGUGAAUGUGGCGAAAGAAGAGUUGAGCGAUCUUUCGAAAUCUGACGAAGAUGUUUCACCAUCCAAAGCAAAAGCGUUGCGUCGACUUCAGCAGAUUUUGGUACAUAUCCGCUGA